ACUCGCAUAUCACACCCUCAAAACUCCGUGUUUCCACUCAACUGAUCUCUUCCUUUAGCAUAUAUCCUAGUCUCUUCUGAGAGCCUUUGCAAAAGCUUCCAAUGGCUUCUUUCUCCAAGAGUUCCACCACAGUUCUAAUUGUGUUCUUGUUUACCGUAUUCUGCUCUCUUCACAAUUUCUCAGUCUCUUCCUUUGAGUUCGAAGUUGGAGGCACCCAUGGUUGGGUAGUCCCACCAGCCAAUGACAGCAAAAUCUACAAUGACUGGGCCUCAGAAAACCGCUUCCAAGUUGGUGACACUGUCCGUUUUAGAUACAGGAAGGACUCAGUUAUGGAGGUGAAUGAGACAGAGUAUAAGAGGUGCAAUUCCUCUCACCCCAACUACUUCUCCAACAAUGGGAAUUCAGUUUUCAGGUUGAAUCAGCCGGGUCCUUUCUACUUCAUAAGUGGAGUAUCCGGGCACUGCGAGAAGGGUCAGAGGAUGAUCGUAAAAGUGAUGUCACAUGAGGAAGAGUCUCCAUCUGGUGGUGGCGGAAAAUCAUCAUCUGGUUCCCAUGUUGCAGUUUCUUCACUUGGAGUCUCUGCAUUAGUCUUAAUUUCUUCAGUUUGUGUUGUCAUUUGUUGCUUCUAAUGUUAUAUAGUCACCCUAGUGUUAUGCUAGGUGGGAAGUUAUUUAGUUCUAUUGUCCAGUUUUUGAAUUUUUAGGGUUUCAUAAGACUAAGUUAUUUUUUUGUUCAGAGAUGUUAUUGUAAAUCUAACGUGGGAUUUGUUUA